AUGGCCAGCAAACCAUUUCCUGCUGGAGUCUAUGCCGCCUCCCUUACUUGGUUCUCCGAGGAAGAGCAGCAGCCCAUAAACUAUGAGAUUCAACAGAGGCACCUAAACCAUCUGAUUGGAUCUGGCCUGACCGGAGGAGCUGGGUCCAAUGGAGAAGCCGUCUCACUUACAGCCGAGGAGAGGCUUAAACUGGUCGCUCUGACAAGGGAUGUCGCCACUCGUAUGGGUCGUAAAGACAUGCCAAUAGUAAUUGGAACAGUUGGACAUGGUACUAAAGACAUCAUUGAACAGCUUAGGGCGUCCAAGGAGGCUGGCGCGGAUUUUGGACUCGUUCUAACCCCCAGUUACUUCCACUUUGCCAUGGAUGCUUCUGCCAUUAAACAGUUCUUCACAGAGGUUGCUGAUGAUAGCCCCAUCCCAAUCCUCAUUUACAGCUGGCCGUUGGUUACCUCAGGGAUCGAGAUCAACUCGGACAUCAUGUCGACCCUGGGCAAGCAUCCCAGCAUCGUCGGUACAAAGCUGACUUGCGGCGCGAUCGCCAAGACGGUCCGAAUCGCUGCAGAGUUUAAGCAGGAAGAUUUCUGCGCUCUGACCGGCUUCACGGACUGGCUGCUCCCUGGCCUUCAUGCUGGAGCUGCUGGGAGCAUCUCUGGAUUUGCCAACUUGUGCCCUCGUGCAUGCGUGAAGACCUAUGAGGCUUACAAGGCUGGGAAAUUUGACGAGGCCAGGACUUUGCAGAAUGCCAUUGCAAAGCCAGAAUGGGAUAUCACGAAGUCAGGCAUCAAUGGGACGAAGUGGGUGGUCGCCAAGUUGCUCGGAUAUGGAGAUGAGAACUGCGCGACAAGGAGACCAUAUACCAAAUUUACAGAUGAGGGACAGCAGAGGGAGUUAUUGGCGGCGAUGCAAACCGUCUACACUAGUGAGAGAGUUUGA